AAUAAAUGUCAAAUAAAAUAGAAGAGGAGAAAGUGCCUGCUUAACAACCACAACAAAUACAAAAAAUUUUUGAUGAAGAUGAUGAUGAUUUUGAAGAAUUUGAAUAAGAAGGUAACUAUUAUUAUAUGAUAAAUUAUAGAUUUGGAAGUGAAUCAUGAUUUGAAAAUUGAUAUCAAAUAAUGGAGAGAGGAUUGGGAUGAUGAGGAUUUGACAGAUGAAUUUUCAAUUUAAUUGAAAUAAGAAUUAGCCCAAAAAUGAUAUAUAAUAUUAAAAAU